CCGCCCACGACUUCGCCAUCGCCAUCACCGUCCCCUCUGCUGCCUACAUGGAAAAUUAGACGCUUAUAUAAUAGGGAAAGCAGCCAUCUCCUCUACUAAUAAUACUACAACCACGACUCCUCCCACCGCCACCGCAACAGCAGCUGAUGAGCUUUCUCGACACUUUCUCGAUAGUCGCAACCACCACCACCACCACCACAUCUACACACACAUGCUUCUCUCGCACCAACGCAAUUAAUUCAGCGGCCACCGUGUUCCGCCGCCGCCGCGUGAAUGCCGCCUCUAAACCCCUUCCUGGCCGCCUUCUUCAAGAGCCCCAUCCCCAGCCAGUGUACGCCCGUCCACCAUUUUGUCCUCCUCGUCCCCAGCACCGAUGUCCUCCUUACCCACCGCGAGACCGACUCUGGCGCCUCCAACCGAGAUGUUAUAGCUUCAGAAGACUUUCUAGCCAGCCAUGUGCUGCGCAUACCUCCGUCUGGCGCCAUGGGCGCUGGUAAGGACGGGGGCCACACGCUGCGGGAUAUGAAGGGGAAGGCAAAGCCCUUUAAUACAUUCAACAGCAGAAGCAUAAUCAUGAAGGAUUCUUUUAUAUACACUAAUAAAGGCUUCAAAUCACUUGCGCAGGCGCAAAUCCUCAACGAUGCCACCUGGUACCCCGACGUCUUCGAAGCGCGGCCGUGGCUAGUAUACUACAUAUCGAAACCUUUAGUUGGCACAUGGGAGGAAGUCAAAAUUAUUCCGGCAGUGCUCCCUGAUCCGACAAAACCGAGACCCCCCUCCGAAAAGACGUCGCGACUCAAGCCCGAAUCCUCCGACACUCACCCGAAGAAGAAGGACAUUAACAGCUUCCACGAGCUGCUCAACAACUUCCCCAUGAUUGCGCGACAGAUGCAGCCGGGGCUGGAGAGCUUGUUCAAUGAGUUUACCCAAGUCUUUCAGAAGCCGUUACCUCCGCCGCCCUCAGCAAUCGAGAUUCCCGAUCCGAGACCAGAUGGGCCCAUCACCAUGGCCAUGAAGCGAGCCCGAUCGAAUAGCAUGAGCAUGAUUAAUACAAGUCAAGACAACCAUACUGAGUUGCCCGUCAUGGAAGACUUUUUCGCCGAGGACGAUGAGGAUAUUAUGCGAGCGUCUCUCGAGACGGCCGUCACGACCGCCAUUGAUCUUUUCCAAAACGUGGAUAAACAGCAGCUGUCGUUGCUAGGAGCUACUACCGAUCUAACAGGACCACUGGUAGAAAAGCUCCUCGAAAGAUACAUUACCGAGAAUAUACACCACUUACUCUUUGCCAAGCUCUGCUCGCUGCGUCGACCAGAGGACUUGGAGCUAGAGGCCAAGAUUCGCCAAAUGGAGCAUAUUGACAUUUCGCAGCUUGGUCUGAGCAUUGAUGGCGGCCUCAAAAUGAAGCAUGAUCUCAUUAUUCAGCUGGGACCUGCCAUUGAAGAGUUCAAAAAGCUCUCCAAUGCUAUGAGCCCUCAAGAAAUGCUGGAUCUCUUGCUGGCCACUAUGAAGGCAGCCUCCCAACUCACCAACCCCUCCACAGAAGAGGAUCUAAACAGCAUGUCGGCGGAAAAGGCCAUCAUGACAGUCAAUGCGGACACAUUGGUAUCUCUCCUGCUCUACGUCGUCAUCCGCGCACAGAUCAAGAACCUCCACGCCCGUGUUAGCUACAUUCGCAACUUCAUCUUUGUAGAAGACGUCGACAGUGGCGAGAUGGGGUAUGCGCUCAGUACCUUUGAGGCUGUGUUGACAUAUCUUGUUAGCGACUCUGCUGGACUGCGCCGCGCGAGCCGUAGAAACAAGGCGCUCUGGGAUGCUACUAAGAAGGCGGACAUGGACGAGCUUCGCAAGAUUAUGGAGCCAUCAAACGGAACAAACGGAACCGAGGAGCGUUCCAUGCACGAUUUAUACGACUCAUCCACCUCGAGCCGCCGAAAUUCGGUAUCCUGGGGUCUCUCCAACGGAUCGCGGCGGUCGUCCUUUACAGCACCAAGCCAAUCGUCAAUGGGAUCCGGGCUUAGUCACGUCUUUCCGUUUCAAAGCACCGACUCUGACGAUUCUGACCAAGCGCCAUUUAAGCGAAAGAUUAAGAGAGUAUCCAUGGAUACACGGAGUCUUUCCAGCUGCUCUGAAAUCUCCUUCCACUCACGGACUGGUAGCAUUGGCACUAUUGGCAGCGCAUUCGAGGGCGACAUUUCUGUUGAGAGACUAGCUCAAACGAGUGACUCGUUUGGCGAGUCGGUGCUUAUGAUUGCCGUGCAGAACCAGCAUCCCAACGUCUUGCGAUAUCUGCUCUCACUCCGCGGGUACUUUCCCUGGGAAUCUGUUGUAGAGGAUAUGAACAAUGAAGACACUACGUUGCUGAGUGCCGCCGUGCAGCUUGGGAAUAUGGAGAUUGUUGAGAUGAUUCUGGACUAUCUUACUGCUGGCUCGACGCACGAACAGCUGCUGCAGUAUAUCCAGAAGCAAGACAUCUGGGGCCGCAGCGUUGGACACUACCUUUUUAAUUCACCACCCCUCAUUACACGUAUUGGACAACUCAUUUCUUGGAAACAGCGCGACAAAAACGGGCAGACACCACUGUUUGCUCUCUGCCGAUCAUAUGAUCAUACAGAUUACAUUGAGAUGGUUGAGUCUGGUCUUAAGGCCGCUAGAAUCGCGCAGGGAGACGGACUGCCUCUCCACGUCGAUCAGCAUGUGGACGGCAAGGGAAACACUCUUCUACACAUUAUGAAUGAUCCACGUCUAGCCUACAAGAUUUUGCAUCAAUGCGACGUGGACGUCAACUUUAAGAACAACAAGCGCUUCACGCCGCUCAUGGUGGCCAGCAAGUACGGCCGAUACGACAUGGUGCGGUCCCUUUUCGCCGAUCCGAGGGUAGACCUGGCAGCGCGUGAAGCAAGGGGCCUCACGGCGGUAGAGCUAGCCAAGGACGAGGACGUUCGUAACAAGAUUGACGACCUUGGCCUGUUUAGCAUGCCCGCAGCCGAGGACGGCAGGAUCACGGGCGUCGUGCGCGGCUUCUUUGUUGAGGAUGGGACGGUGCGUCUUGUUCUAAAAUCGGCUGCGCCCACGGAUCACGACAGCUAUACAGUUACGACAAGCAGACGUUCGCAAAGCGAUUUUGAGCAGCUAGGCCGACUUUUGGCAGAGGAGAAUCCAGCGUCGUGGAUCCCCACCAUGACAGAAGUACGGUCGCCGUUUCAGCUACCCUCGAAACCGUCGAGGUCACUGUUGCGAGAUAUGCAGUUACGUGCAGACUGGUUUAUGCGUAUUAUGCUGGCACAUCCGACGCUUGCACGCCACGAGAUGCUCUGGGAGUUCUUUCUUGUGCCGGAGCUGCAGCUGGGUACCAUGGAGCAGCGAUCCAAGCUCAAAUCGGAGGCACGCCGGGACCGAGUGCGCGAAGAGUUUGAGCCGGUGCGCGACGUGCGCGAGGUGGAACAGUUUGUCAACCAUGCUAAGGAGAUGGUGCGCAGCGUCAACCACGCAACAAAGAGCGUCACGCGGCGGGCCAACAGUAUUGGCUUGGCCGCAGCCGAUCUCUACGAAUCGUCAGUGCUGCUGCACCGCGCCGUCGACACGCUGCCGUUCUUACCAAAGAGCUAUCUUAUGGGACUCGACAUGUAUGUCGCCUCGCUGGCCCCAACCACAGCAAACCCUAUUGCCACACUACACUCGACGCUGCUGGCCACGCAGUCUACUAUCCAAGCACUCCUUUCAGCUUUGUCGCGGCCCACGACAAUCAUUGGCCACAUCUCUAAUGCUAAGCGGGAGGCGGACCGUAAUGACGCCGCAGCUGGGAAACCGACUCGCUGGCCGCUGGGACUCUUGGAUGAUACGCGCCAGCGGAUGCACGAUGAGAAGGAGAAGAAGGCACUCAAGUGGCGUGAGGAGAGCGAGUAUCUGAGUCGCGAGCUGAGGUAUACCCAGCAGACGGUGGCGGGUGAGCUUGCUGGUUGGCAGAGCAUGCAUGAUGAUAUGGGGAGGAGGGCUCUGAGGGAGUAUGCGAGGGGAAUGGUGUUGACGGAGAGGAUGCGACUGGAGGGGAUGGAGAGGGCGUUGAGAACGCUGCGUGAGGGCGGGCCAUAACAAAAACCCCUCAAACCAAAAUAGACUUUGAGUGUCUACAUUUCUUGUCACAUAGCAAUAGCGCAGCGAGCAUAUACACAAUUGAAUCAUACACUGGCGCACACGACGCCAACCAAUUUCAACAUGCGCUUAUUUC